AUGAAGGCAGCACGUCUACGGAACAGACGCCUGUUUCUGCUAAAUUGUCGUAGGACUAAGAUCGUUCCGAACUGUUUGAAUUUCGACCUAACGUUGGAUGUGGAGAACGGUGAAUCGAGUGUAAAACUGGAGAAGGUCGUAAAAAAGUUCAAACUGAAGGUGGUUAGUGUGCUGAUUGCCGAUUGCCAACGAAGCCUACAGAAAAUCAAAACAUCGUCAGCUUCGCUCCGUAGGCAAAUCGAUCACGCUCUAGUACAGGAGGACAGUACGUUUUUUGAUGCCUGUGUAAAACGAAAAGAGGAAUCAUUGUAUCGGCAAUGCAACGCAAGGGAAACGGCAAAAAUGGAUCGCCUAAAAACAGCGAAAGUUUGUCAGAUGCACAAACAGGACUCGUGGGUUGCUAACUAUUCCGGAUCAGAGUUACCAGACUUUUUGGUCCGUACUCUACAGCUGGGAGGCAACUUCAACAUCCCGGACAGAAAAAACGCACCGUACGUUCGGAUGUUAUCGGAGAUCGAGAACUGCAUUCAGUGGGACCCACACGCUGAAACGAUACGGAACGACCUGUGCAAUGCUUUCAUAAACCAUAUAAACUUCAUCAAACAACCGUUUCAUGAUGAAAGCGAAUGGAUUAGAAAAGAGAUGGAGAAAAGCAGAAAGUUUCUACGAGAACGCACAGAUCUGGUAAUAACGAGAGCUGAUAAAGGGAAGCAAGUCGUCGUUAUCACUAGAGAGGAAUAUGAUCGAAAAAUGAAUGAGCUAGUCAACGAUGAAGAAACGUACGAGAAGGUUAGUAGGGAUCCAACAAUGAAGACGCUGAGGAAAAUCAACUCAAUGUUGGACCUAUGGGGUAGAGAGGAAUGGAUUGAUCAAGCAACUAAACAUCGUCUUAAAAUCUACCACUGCAACCCCCCUCGCAUCUACGGUCUUCCAAAAACCCAUAAAGAGGAUAGGCCACUACGAAUCAUCUGCUCGACGAUUGGCACGGUUACGUAUAAGUGUGCGAAAUACGUAUCGUCCAUACUAAACAAUAUAGUUGGGAAAACUGCGUGUCAUAUCGUAAAUAGCUUCGACUUUGUAAAAGAGAUGCGAAACGUUACAAUAAGAAACGACACAAUUUUGGUAUCGCUGGAUGUCGUGUCUCUUUUUACAAAUGUUCCUGUCGAUUUUGCCGUAGAAAGUGUCAUGCUAAGGUGGGAGGAAAUCCAAGAGUUUACGAGUAUUCCAAAGGAAAACUUCGAAGAGAUGUUGAGUCUGUUACUGUCGUCUACGUUCUUCCAACAUCAAAAUCAGUUCUUCAAACAAAAAUUUGGAGUACCAAUGGGAUCACCCCUCUCACCAGUAGUAGCCAACAUCACACUAGAACGAAUUGAAUCAAACGCCUUGGAAUUGCUUAAGCAGGAGGACAUCAUACCGAUAUUCUUCAAACGAUACGUAGAUGACUGUUUAAUGGCCAUACGACGUCAGGAUAUCAGCAGAAUUGUAGAAGUCUUCAACAGCUACCAUCCGAGACUCCAAUUCACGGUGGAAAUUGAGGAAAAUGGCCGCCUGAAAUUCCUGGACACAAUUAUGAGACGAACCGAGAAAGGAAUAACGUUAGAAUGGACCCCCAAGGACGUAAAUGGAAGGUUCGAGGAUGUGGAACAGGAAUGA